UAAGAAUAAACGACGUGAGAAUCUCCAAACGCAAAAAAAUAAAAACACUGCGCUGUUCACGGGAUUCGAUCACUCGACAUACACCGCCGUGUCUUUGUCUCUGUCUCUCUUAAUUCACGGGAUUUGAUCACUCGACGACGGCGGCGCCGAUGAUGGAGGACAACUAUCUGCAGUUGUUCGUGGACGAGACCACACUGUACAAUCGAAUCGUGUUGGGAAAUCUGUUGCCUUGGAGUUGGUGGAGUCCACUUCCCCACUUCUUCCAGACUUGGCUCCGCAAUUACAUUGCCGGUUCCAUCCUCUAUCUAAUAUCCGGCCUCCUCUGGUGCUUUUAUAUUUACUACCUCAAGCGCCACGUUUAUAUCCCCAAAGAUGCCAUCCCUUCAAGAAAAGCCAUGGUUUUGCAAAUCUAUGUUGCAAUGAAGGCAAUGCCAUGGUACAGUGCUCUUCCAUCUGUUUCCGAGUACAUGGUUGAAAAUGGAUGGACAAAUUGUUACUCAAGAAUUGGCGAUGUAAGUUGGAUUGCCUACCUAGUGUAUCUAUUUAUUUAUCUUGUGCUUGUGGAGUUUGGGAUAUACUGGAUGCAUCGGGAGUUGCACGACAUAAAGCCUUUGUACAAGUAUCUGCAUGCAACCCAUCACAUAUACAACAAGCAGAAUACUCUUUCUCCAUUUGCAGGAUUAGCAUUUCAUCCAUUAGACGGCAUACUCCAGGCUGUUCCACAUGUUAUAGCACUCUUCCUUGUGCCAACCCAUUUUACGACGCACAUAGGGCUCUUAUUUCUUGAGGCCAUAUGGACAGCAAACAUUCACGACUGCAUCAAUGGAAAACUUUGGCCUGUAAUGGGUGCAGGGUAUCACACCAUUCACCACACUACAUACCGUCACAAUUACGGCCAUUACACCAUAUGGAUGGAUUGGAUGCACGGAACCCUUCGCGACCCUACUGAUGAUGCGUGUGGGAAGGAGAUGUAAUGUGGCAACAAUGCGCUUCCCUUAACUUUGAGUGUCGCAUAAUUUGUUGAUUAGGCAUGCACCUUGGUUGUACCGUCUUUGAUGUAGUCUUUUUUUGCAAAAUAAAUCAUGUUGAUUAACAGAUUUCGUUGUGGUGUUGUGUCAUGGACUAGAAAACGUUGGAAGCUAGAGGGGAGGAGCUAUUUGGUUGCUGUAAAGGGGAAGCUUUCUUUCUGUCAUUCUUUGAUUUGGCUAACUAGUUGACUGUUAAUUUGGGUGACAGACCUAAUCCACCACAAGAUCCCUAAUUUCUCCUUUAUAUAUGUAUGAAUUGUUUUUUUCC